GAAAUCUUGGGUUCACCCUGAGGGAGUCCCUGGCUUUGUCAAUUAAAUCAUUAUGUACAGUCAGGGUCAAAAGUCUUGAACACUUGACAGUAUUUGGCAUUUACUUGAAGGACGGACACCCCAAUGGCAUCUAGUCAAAAACAGGGUGAUGAAGAAAAACGACCACCCAGAAUUAUGGGUAAGAAGCCAUCUCCUAAGAAAAUGUCACCAGCUUACCUAUCAAAGAAAACCACAUCAGCAUCAAAAACUCAUUCAAAUCCAAGACGCAGAAAACAAUCACCAACUUCUGUAGAGAGUGGAAAAUAUAAAUCAACUGCUGCAUCACCAAAAAGAAAAUCUCCAACACAACUAGACUCUACAUCACCUCGGAGAUCGGGUGGAAGAUAUGAACUUAGGAAUAUAACUCCACCAUCUUAUUCAGAGAGAGAAAUACCGAAAGUAUUUAACACACCUGGAAGAAAUUUAAGUCAAAUCCCUUUUACAACACCAUAUAGAACACCAAGAUUAAGAUCAUUAGGUCGUGACCUUGCCCCUGAUAUUAAGGCUGCUAAAAAGGUUUACAAGAGAGAGUCACAAGAAUGGAAGGAACACCUGGGCUUAUUACUUCAUAAAACACUGAAGUUGUGCAACCUGAGCAGUGUAUAUAACUUCAAUUACAAAAGAAAAACCCUCAGAACUAAAUAUGAAAAUGCUUUGAAACAUAAGGUUCAACAAGUGCUCCCAUCUCCACUACUAACAGUAAAGUUGACUACCACUGCCUUCUUUACUCUCAAACCUGGUGCUGUUGACGCUGUGCACAUAAGCAUUGCGACACUUGUUCCUGGAUUGACUGUUGAUGAAGAUAAAACAGUGACAGUCUACAGGUCAUGGAUGUUUAGAACUUCUGAAGUACAAAGUGGAGAUAUUCAUGGUGCAGAAUGGUUCCCAAUUAUGCUUUAUACAGGUAGAGAAUUAAUCCAUUAUGCAGUUGUUGAAUGGCUUCAAGACUCAUUUGGUUGUUACAUUACCAAAUAUGGGAUGCGACAGAGUGACAUAAUGUGGAUGGCGGGAGUUUGGAGUGGACGGCCUUGCCCCCUAAGUGUUCACCAAAAAGAAGACCAUCAGGUGCAGUUCAUCUAUCAUGUCCGUCUACCAAGUGGACAAAAAUUUUCUUCUCCAAAUGAAAGAGGAAAACCAAAAUUUGUUCUUAAGAUUUCUCUCAAAGAGGUCCAUCAUAUCUGGGAAUGCAUUGUGGAUAGUAGUCGUGAUGAAAUGAACAUCGCUGAACUGCAAGAAUUUUUCUCUUGCAUGGACAACUUAGCUUCAGACUUGAUGUAUCUUCCUACCUCACACAUUCACCUGCACCAGCUAUAUACCCCAUGUCUCACAUUAAACAGUGAUGGCAAGGUUAGACUGACGUGUGUUCGUAGUGCUUCUAUAGUCCUCAACCACCUUACGGAUAUUUUCCUGCAGACUACGAAUUCCUCCGCCCUGAAGGACUUAUUUCACAGAGAUCAGACGGAAUAUUUAGAUGAGAGUGAGGACCAGGAGGUGCUGGAUGAAGAAGAGAGACAAAAUUUAUCCUGAUUAAAAAGUUUUGUUUUCAAGAAGUAUUUAGACAUUCCUACAGUGCCUGUAAACAUUUCAUGUCAGCCCUGUUAAAGUGUUUUGAAGUUUAGUUGUUCUCUGUGUCUCUCUUCCUUCCCAGUAUACAUUAUUUUUGGAUUAACUUUUGCUUAGAAUUUUUAAAAAUGUUAUUUUAACCAAGUAUUUUAAAAAAGACAGUUUUAUUUUCUGCACUAUAGAUCAUUAGUUUUUAUGAUUCUUCAUUGGAAAUGAAAGGGAUAUUAUUGUACAUUAGUAUGCUCAGGAGGAUGAGUGUGCAGACAUGAUUAUUGUACAGUAGUAUGUGUGGGCAUGGAUGACUGCUGUGUUGUUCAAAAAAUAAUAUUAAUAUUUAACACCAUUGAAAAUGGUUCAAGAACCUACCAAUUUUUUCUUCUCA